UCUUGCGGAAGAGGAGGUGCGUCAGGUGUGCUGUUUGACCAAUACUGCUGUCCGUAGUUUUAGUUGCACGUAUGCGAAGGUGGCAAGAUGGCGUUGGAGCCGAACAAGACCGAAAUUUUAACCAUUUUUAAAAGACUACGGUCUAUUCCAACGAAUAAGGCCUGCUUUGACUGUGCUGCUAAGAACCCAAGCUGGGCCAGUAUACCGUAUGGAGUGUUCCUGUGUAUCGACUGCUCUGGUAUCCACCGAUCUCUAGGAGUACACCUUAGCUUUAUCAGAUCCACAGAACUUGAUUCUAACUGGAACUGGUUUCAGCUGAGAUGUAUGCAGGUUGGAGGCAACGCCAAUGCGGCUGCCUUUUUCCGUCAGCAUGGGUGCACCACCAACGACACCAACGCCAAGUACAACAGCCGAGCCGCACAGAUGUACCGCGAAAAGAUCCGGCAGUUAGCGAAUGCAGCCCUGUCCAAAUAUGGAUCCGAUCUGUGGAUUGAUUCUCCUGGAAGCACUCACACAGUGGCUAAUGAAAAGAAAGAAGACGAUUUCUUUGCAGAGCACAUUCAGGCUGCGACCAGCUGGGACUUGCCUGCCCCCACCCUAUUGGAGCAGAACGGUGCUGAUACCCCCCCUGCGGUAGAGGAGACGCCCAAAGUGAGCGAGAGCACCUCUGCCCAGCUGGAAGAAGGACCGAGCAUUGAAGGUCUGAGCACAUCUCCCAAAGCUGUUAUGGAAGAUUCAAUGCGUUUGUCGUCCAGCGAACCGCAGCCUUCUGAAGAUGUGAAGCCCUCUAUCAUCGGGAAGAAAAAACCCACAACAGCGAAGAAGGGGCUUGGUGCCAAGAAGGGCCUGGGGGCUCAGAAGGUGAGCAGUAAGAGUUUCACAGAGAUCGAGAAGCAGGCCCAGGUGGCUGAGAAACUGAGGGAGGAGCACGCCGCCGAGGCCAAGAAGCAGGCCGAGGAGUCCAUUGUGGCAUCCAUGCGGCUGGCCUACAAGGAGCUGGAGAUAGACAGGAAGAUGGAGGAGAAGAAGCUGCAGACCCUGGAGGGGAAAAAGAGGGAGCAAGCCGAGAGGCUGGGCAUGGGCUUCGGAAACAGGAGUGCUGUGUCCCACUCGGUGAUGUCAGAGAUGCAGGUGAUCGAGCAGGAGACCCCCACCGGAGCCAAGUCCUCCUCCUCCUCCCGCUCCAAGCUGGACAUGUUCGAUGAACCCGGCUUCACAUCCGGGCCUCCAAAGUACAAGGACAACCCCUUCACAUCCAGCGAUGGCUUUGGCUCACGGUGGGACUCUGACAGCAGCUCCACCUUCUCCUCCUGGGCCCUGGAGAAAGAGGAGCCCAAGGAGAGCGAGGUCACCAUCUCCAGCAUCCAGCCAAUCGGAGAGCGGUUGCCGAGCCGACGGAAGCCAGAAGCUUCAGUCCCGGUGGCAGAAUCGAGUGAGGCGCGGCAGAAGUUUGCCAACGCCAAAGCUAUUUCUUCCGACAUGUUCUUUGGGAGAGAGAGCAGCGCUGAGUAUGAAGCGAAGACCCGCCUGGAGGGCAUGUCUGGCAGCACCUCCAUCAGCUCGGCUGACCUCUUCGGCGAUGGCAGCGACCGCUCUGCAGGGGCUUCCGGCUUCGACAGCGUGCUUCCGUCAGGCCCGGACAUUGCUCAGUUCAAGCAGGGGGUGAAGACCGUGGCGGGGAAAAUGGCCGUGCUGGCUAAUGGAGUGAUGAACACAAUUCAGGAUCGCUAUGGAUCAUACUAAAUGCAGAGGACUGAGAAUAGGGAAUACUCCAAGCCAAAAAGUAUCACAAUGGCAAGAACCCACAUCGUCAUCCACAGGCUCUUCUCUUUCAGGGGAUUGGUUUGAAAACUGAGGGGGGGAGGGGGGUUGGCACUGGUGCUGUGGUAUAGAGAGGGGGAAGGAUUUGCAUGACCUUCAUCUGGAUGACCUUGACCUCAACCUCUCCGUAUGCCCAAAAGCCCAGCCUUUUAUAGACUCGAGUGACUGAAACAGUAUUGUUCUUUCUUUUAAGGAAAUCAAGGUGAAGUUCAAUGGGAGGGGGGAAAAAAGCUUUAGGUAUCAGUGUGUUCAAGGCCAGGGUGCAUCAGUUCUUUUGAAGUUUUGUUUUUCUAUACAGUUUGAUCUGUAUUUACAAAGUAAUUACUGAUUUAAUGUGUUAAGAAAUAUUUAACUAAACCUUUAACUAAACCUUAAUUGUUAGUUGUACACAUACAUGAACAUUUUUUUUUAUUGUAGUAUGUUCAAACCGGUUUAUACUCUUCAGCAUUAAGCUCAUCUGGAAAAGGACUCCUCGACUGCCUGAAUUUUAUUCCUUCAUUUUUCAUUUGCAUAUCAUUUUCUAGGAAAUUAUAUGACCCCAGCCCAUCACAUUUCAUAGUUGAAAGCUACUGUACAAAUCCAUAUCAUUUGGUCAUAGCUCGCAACUUAAUUGUUUUCAAAACCAUGCCUUCUAAUCGUUUCAUAUAUUUGCUUCAUAAAAUGUCCCUGUUGCCCAGGCAUGCGUUAUAAAAUAUUCUGCACAGGCUUUUGGUUUUUCCCUUUUUUCAAAAACCAGAGUUGCAACGAGACUUCCUGUUGAUUUUCACUGGAAAUGAUGGUUAUGGAUAGGCGUUUAAAGCCAUGCAGUUCGACUCAAUAAUAGAGUGGAUUUUGUGAAUGGACCAUUUGCCUUUUGACGACUAAUUGCUACUUUAAAAUUCCUCUGAAUCAUGCAGUUUCUUAUUCAGGGAGCUGAAAUCUAGACAUUUCUUUCUCAUUUCUUAAAUUAAGCUUCCAGACCGUGUCCCCCAUAUUGGCGGUAAUGCUAAAUGAUUGAAAUGACAGUUCUCACUGGCCCUCGGGGUUCAACAUAAACCAGAGUGGUGUUGAGGUGAGGAUAUCCUCACGGCACGUUCGUCUUAUAUUUGCUUGAUUGGCAGGAACCAAAGCCAGUCAAGCAGAAUUGCAGGCCCUUAAGGUGGGACUGUCAGCUGGAGGGACCUAUGUGUUCACUCGUCGUGCCUACAGUAGUACUAAGGCAAAAAAACCAACAGUAAUAAAACCCUUCAGGAAUGACUAUUGCUGUUGCAUUGACACUGACCACUUUUGUUGAUCAUGGAUGAUGCAGUUCUUGUAUGUACUUGAACGCCAGCUUUUAAGCGCAGUAUAUGCACACCAUACAGUUUGAAGCAUGAGGUAUUGUCAUAGGGAAUCAUUCAGUUUAAUUAGAGAAGAAUUGCAACAGUGCAGAUUUAUGGUCAAGAUCAAGGCUUUGACAGACAUUGUGCCUGAUUUCACUGUGAGUACUGUACAAGUAAGUCACAAUCAGGUGUGAUAUUCAUUGGUUUUAAUAACACACACAAAGCACAUAAUAGAUGGGUAUAUUUAAUUGUCUACCUUAUACUGUAUAUGCUCGUGAAAAAUGAUAAAUCUUGGUCAAACACAAAUGUAACAUUUUAUGCCCCAAAAAGAUAUAUACAAUUAGGUUAUAUAACAUCAAGGACAAACGUGGGUUUUUAGAACUGGUGACAUAGUCACCUAAUGGUUGUCAUUAAGGGAUAUAAGUUUGUGUGUUCUAGCCAAUCCAUGUUUGUCCACUGUUUGUCCUGCCUGUCUAUCUAUUUGUGCCCCAGUGAUGUAAAGGAAAAAAAAGACUCCUGAAAUACAAUUAUUUAUUGUAGGCAACUAAAGAUGCUACUAAAUUUGUGUCAAUAAAGGUUUAAAAUGUU